AUGACACUCUCUGUUCUUUAUCGAACCCUUCUCAAGACCACUGCGAUGUCUGGCUCCAAGACCGAUUUUCCUGCCGAAGCUGUGGUUUAUAAAAUAAAGGAGAUUAUUCUUGCAGAAGCCCAGAGGGCUAAUGAAGAUGGUGGUGAUAGCAAAAUCGACCAACUUAUAUCGGACCUCACUGUGCAUCUUCUCAGUAGUUACACUGCCGACGGCCUGACUCUGAGUGAACUUGAGCACUCCCUUGGACGUCUGUGGUAUGCAUGCAUUCAGGGAGCUACACAUGUACCAUCUGCCGGCCACCAGCAGAGGUCAAUCGUAUGCUGUGUCCUAGCUGCAAGGGCAUCCGGGCCUUUACAGUAUAAGCCACCACCUCUUGAAGAGACGAGCGACAAGACGGCAAAGGAGGGAGAUAUUGUUACCUUCUCUGAUGGGCGGACCUUCUUCCCCGAUUUACCACUGUUUUCGGCAUGCCUCGUCAAAGAGUUUACAGGCAACUUUUAUCAGCUGAGCAUGAUCCAACAGGUCAACCUAGCAACUUUUGUUGGACGCCUUAUCGGGGUGGGCGUAUAUGAUGGACCUGCUCUCUGUGCACUUUCGCUCUUCAGAGCCGUUCUGGAGGACCCAAGGCCACUGCAGACAAGCUCUGCUGAUGCAGAGAGUGAGGCUCCGGCACCAGUCGGUGAUCUCCUUGUUUCUUUGUGUGGGCUCAUUGAAUCUUCAGGCGUGAGCUUUGCCGUGCUGUCCAGCAGGAACCUGCGAGCAACGCACGCCGCUGAGAGCUUUUCCGAUUUCCCGCAUCUCGCCGGGCCAGGCGAGCUGGCGAUGAAGCCUGGCAGCACGCCUCCUUUCCCAUCCGGAUACAGCCCUGAGCGCUGGGCCUUCUGGGCUCAGCGGCUCAGGGAACUAGAAAAGUGUGGGUUUGAGGAUGUCAAGGGGAUGGCUGGCGCGUGCCUGGAGGUGAUGUAUCGGGCUGAAAGCAAUACCAAUCUGCUCGGGCUGCUGGCUGAUAGAGCUCCAGUACUUCUUCCUGAAUUGGACACUAGUAUAUGA